UCUAGUAGUUUUGAGGGUCACUCAUGGCAGGGACAACCCUAAUGAACUCACAGCAACCCUCGGCUUCCUCCGCCUGUAGAACCUCGGUGCUUCAAUGAAGAACGGCACUCUGUGAUUUAUCGACAUCAACGGAGUUCUCUGAAACCCUAAUUCCUCGAAAUGCCAUCCAUUGCCUCCAAACUUCCAGCAAAAGCUCUAGUGAGACUUCUCACAGUCGCUCCGAGACCAUUACUAGUUCGCUCCCUCAGCACCGUCUCCCAGGAACGAAUCCAGAAACUCGAGCGGAUCGCCGAUGAGCUCCUUGGCCUCAGUAAAAUUGAACGACAUGACUAUGCUAUUCUCUUCCGGCUGAAAAUGGGGUUGAACAAGUACGGGCCUGCGGUUUCUGGGCUAAGCGCACCGGGUUCAGCCUCCGCCGGAUCUGCCUCCGCCGAAGCAAAAGAGGCUGAGAAAACCGUGUUUGAUAUUAAGCUCGAGAAAUUUGAUGCGGCGGCGAAGAUCAAGAUUAUAAAGGAGGUAAGGACGUUCACUGAAUUGGGUCUGAAGGAGGCUAAGGAUUUGGUGGAGAAGGUGCCGGUGGUGCUGAAGAAGGGAGUAACGAAAGAUCAGGGAAAUCCAAUUAUUGAAAAGCUCAAGGAAUUGGGAGCUACUGCGGUACUGGAAUGACCCUUUUUUUCUCGUCAUUUCAUAUGUUCUUUAUGGAGUAAAAUAAUGCUGCCAUUGUUUAAGGAUUAUCGAAGAUUUUGAUAGAGCCAAGCUUUUACUAAGAUUACAUUUCAAAAUCAAAUUGUUGCUUGUCAUGAGAUUGAAAGUAAGUACAUUUGAUUUUUCCUCUUCGGCUUUUCUCCACUGGAUUUCAAUGAGAAUCAGUGUCAUUCUGACAUUCUAAGAAGUACUUGAAGAGUUUAACAAAUCCAUAAACCUCAUGUAGACGAAGAACAUGACUCUGUUCUUAUUGCUCUACCUGUCUUUCUCUACUCAUAACUCGUCUAAUGUGAACUGUGAUAUAGGAAAUAAGUGUACCUUUAGUUUAGCAGAAUUUCCUUUGAAGUGAGGAAAAGGUUUAUGUAGUUUGUUAUUUCCCUGAGAUAGAUGAAGAACAAUGAAACAAUUUUCAUUCCUCAGCUCCUCAUGUGACCUUAAAUUGUUGGCAAGAAGUUGUGAAAUUUGGUGUUUGGUGAUCGAUUUCGUUUGAUGGGUCGAUGAGAUAUGCUGAUGGGGUACAUUUUUUUAGAAUAUAUUUGUUGCUCUUAUUAUU